AUGCCAGUUGAAAUAAUUAGAGAAGGUAACCUUUCAUCGCCACAACAACACAUGAAGCAAUUUGAAAUUUCUCAUGCAGAGGACUUCAUGAGCACACGGAGUAAAGUAAAUUUUCCGGGACUCGUAGAGCGACUUAAACCCCGGAGUAUCGUAGAUUAUAUCAUCCAAAGAGUUCUACAUCUACAUCUCCAAGAUUUUAUGGACGCCUUUACGGAAAGAUGUAAAAACAAAACGGUAGAUAUCCUGGCUUUCCUUUGGUCCACCAGUUUAAAAACUGAAAAGUUUAUAGAAGUAGAGAAAAAGAUGAAUUCUUUGGAAUUAGACUUAACUGCUCAACACAUGGACAAUUUGAUAAGGAAUCUUUCGGGUUUUAACCUUGAAGUUGACAAGAUCGAAAGAGAUGGGAACUGUUUUUUCAGAGCAGUUGCCUCACAGCUCAAUAGACACCUGAGGGAAUAUAAGGAACAUAUCGAAGGGCAUUGCACUUCCCUUGGAUUAGGAAUUAGUGAAGCCUUCGACACACGUAGACUUAGGGAGCUGUUUGUGAAAGAAGUCUCUGAUAACAUUGAAGAGUACAGAGACUGGAUGACAACUGGCGUUAAUGGGUUAGAGGAAGUUUACAAAUUUAGCCAAGACGGAUUUUUCGCAAAUGAAGUUGGUGAUUUAUGCGCGAGAGCAACAGCUAAAGUCUUUAAAAUUCCAAUUGUGAUUAUUACCGCUCUCCCUUCAACACCUACGGUGCCAUUCCUACCACACGAAUUCCUUACCACCACACCCAUCUACAUUGCAUAUGAUCAUUCUGGGCCAGGCCACUACGAUGCCACAAAAGAAGUUUCAAGUGAGAAUGACUGUGACGAACAAGCGAAGGAAACAAGAUGCACUUGCGGUAAAAACAAGAAAAAUAAGUCAGUUUCAGACAUUUUCUGUGUUUCUGGUAAAUGCCCGUGCCACAAAGUGAACCACUCUUGUACCCGCUCGUGUAGAUGUUACAAUUGCAAAAAUACGUGCAAUUCCAAUGAAGUUGUGAAGGUAACAAAGAGUCUGAAGAGAGGCUGUAGGUGCGGAGUUGGACAAAAGAGCAAAGGGGACGGAGAACCAAAUGCAAGUCACAAGUCGUGUCAAGACAGUCUCCGCAAGUCGAAGUGUCCGUGUGUAGCGGGUGGCAUAGGAUGCACCGAAGUCUGCAGAUGCUUUAAUUGUGGAAACAUUGUUCAAGCUCGAGCUGACCCGGGAAAAUCCCCAAAACGAAAGAAGCGAAAUAGGGCGACCGUCUCUCCAUAUAAGAGGAAAAAGGGAUCAAAGUUCAUGAUAAGUCAAAAUGCAGAGGUGGAUUGUGGACCAUGGAGAAACAUUGAAACGCUUUGUUUGAUGGUUUGCCGGGACGUGAUGCUAAGUCAAGGACUUUCCAUAAAUUCAAAAAAUUUGCGUGAUUUGUAUGAUUUCGUGGCUAAGUCUCCUGCUGUUAUGGAAAUGUCUUUAAACAUAGCUGCGAAGUCUACAGCACAAAUUGCGGCUAAAAUAGCGCAUCUAAGAGGCAUUGAUUUGUAAAAUACACAUAAGGUAGGGCUAUCCUG